AUGUUGUUCAACCCCCGUCACGCCUUGUCCCAGCCCGAGUUGGAGCCCGGGCAAGCUCAAACCGCCCACCUGGCGCUCAGUCAGUUUGCUGAACAGGCCGAGCUUCGUCAUCGCCGCAGCAAGGAGCGCGUGCGGGCCUCAGUUCGCUCAGCCGGGCCUCCGUUUGCAGACCGUGUGGAUGUGCCGCCAGCCAACCCUCAAACGCCGAUGGCAGAGUGUGGGACAUCUGCGGAGUGUGUGACAACUGGUUCUGCCAAUAAACGGGAUCAGCAGCUGGCGCUCGUGAUUGCCUCCAUGGAGGCCAUUUUGCAGCAAUUCGCCCAGGCCAAGCAUGAGCAUGAACUGCAUGCACUCCGGCAAACCUUGGCGAAUUCACCCCGGCCACCGCCCCAAGCGUUUUCGGCCCCCUCCAGCCCCCGCGUGACAGAGCAAGGCGGCCUUUUGCGCCCUAUGCACCAGCGUCGCGCCUCGCUACCCGCCGCGCACACGUUGGUCAAGGCGGAGCCGACUCCCUUGCUGGGCAUGACCAUGCGCCAUCCCAAUGACCCGUUGCCGCAGCCCCUUGAGCAAGUCUCAAAGACCACGCCCCCCUCCAGCCUUUUGGCGGACCCUCAUCUUGGAGCCCCUUUGCACGAGUAUCAUGGCAAGGUGGUUGCCACCCAGGCCUCCCUACACCUGGGCUUGGUGGGCCUGUAUCGGAUUGAGCUUCAUGAGCGCUUCCUGCUCUUGGUCGACGCCAGCACACUGCAGCCGCGAAUGGAGAUCCCGUACAUUACGAUGCAGCGGUACGGCCUUCUUCUUCUUUGA